AAAUCUCACCCAAUCAAGCUGGAAAAAAAAGAGAGCCUUCACUAAUAACAAACCAGCAGUUAAGUGAAGCAAACAGUUAACUAUUCACUCGCAAUAUAUAAGGACAUAUGAUGAUCCAAUUGGGUACACAUAGAAUAAUAGGAAUACAAGUAUUUUCUAAGCGGUGUAUUUCAAUAUUGCAACCUCCUUCAACUGUUUCUGGAUCUAAAUUAUCUAAUACUACUACUGAUAAUUCAAACAUUAAAGAUGUCGAACAAUUACAGAGUAUAAAGACUCUAGAAACCGCCGAGUUUAAGGCUUUAGGUAGUCCUCAGUCGAUUUUAAGCAUCAAUUCUCCACCUUCUGUACCAGUAUUUGUAAGAAGAGGUUCAUUACUAUCAAUUUAUGGAUUUAAUAGUUCAUCAAGUAUUCUGACGGUUACUAGUAAUUUAGAAAUUAUAGAUCCAAUUAAGAGAUUAUUUUAUGGUGGAUAUGUUUCAAGUUAUCAAAAAUUAAUAUCUACCACCCCAUUCUCAUUAUUGGUUUCAUCAAUAUCGAGAAAUUUCACUUUAUUUAAAAAAUCCGAAAACAAAACAUUUGCUAGUUUAUUGUUAGAUGGUUCAAAUGAUUGGGCUAUUUUAAGUAAGGAUGCCUUACAAGUUUACACAGGUAAUUCAUUAAAUAUUGGUAUGUAUGUAUUACCAUCAAUAAUAUCUAAAAGAUUAUCGAAAAUUUUGAAAACAACCAGGACUUCAACAGGAUUAUGUAAAUUUUCGAGAUCAGGUUAUACCCUAUUAACUGGCAGAGGUCAAGUUGGUUUAGUUGGUAAUGGUACAAUUUAUAAUAUAAAUUUACAAGAGGAUGAAGAAUUAUUAAUUAAUCAACAAAAUUUAUUGGGAAUAACCGUCAACGGUCCUUAUGAUUUACAGAAUUGCAUUAUCAAAUAUUCUUUCCCUACCAAUGAUAUCUCAACAGUUGGAAAGACACAAGUAAUUAAAAAAAAAGAAUUAUCUUUCGUGGGAACAUUAAAAUCUAAUGCAACUGGUGCAUCUAAAUUAAGAUUAUUAGGAUCAUUAUUUGGUAACUACUUUAAAACGAUAUCAUCUUAUUUUUCAUAUAGUAAAAAGUCAAUUUACAAUACCUUAGUUGGAAAUCAAAAUUUUGUAAAAGUGAUUGGACCAAGAAACAUCUUGGUUCAAUCUAAUACUUCAGAGAGUGCUUUUUUAUCUCAAUCAAAAUCAUCAUUACCCCCACCAUCAGUAGAUGGAACUACCUUUCACAAAAUCAAAAGAACAUCUUCUGACUAUUUAAGUUAUGUAACAAUCAAGCCAGAUAGAAGUACAUCUUUCAAGAGCACACCUGAUUUUAAGGAAUCAGUGGAACAGUUACAAAAAAAGAAAUAGUAAGUAUAUACGAUUUUAUAGAUAUUUAUUUUAUUUAUUAAUCCUGGUAUAACUAUUUGUAAAAAAAAUGAAUUACCUAUGGACUUAUGAAUUGUAAUUAAUACAUUUCUUGUUGAAUGCAUUAACAGUGAUAAUCGAGAGAGUGAAAAGCCUUAUUCAACAUGCAAGGAUAUCCUGGGUCUGAUUUACCCCACUAUUUACUUCUGAAUGCAACAAAAGAGGCAUAUUUUGGAAACGUUAUCUAUAGAAGAGACC